AUGGCUUAUGUUACAAUAACAUUAGCAGCAUUGUUAGAUAUCAAAGAGUUUGAAUUAUCUGACACUCCCAGCUUGGUAUCUUUCGUAUCUUCAUGGAUAUGACUCGCAGUUUCAAUCGGAGGAAUCUUACUUGUAUUUUGCUUGUACUGGAGUGCAAGAGGUGGAAUAGAUACUAAGCCCAUUAACUUCACAAAUGGAGUCUUUUCUGGUCUGAAAGACACUCCAGCCUCUCGCUUAAUGCCAUUUUUCUCAAUGUCAAGAAAGAUCUUGACCACUUCGGUGGUAGUCUUCGCAUCUCUUGCUCUAGACAGGACUUACGCAUUCUCACUUCUAGCAGUUAUACAAGGGAUUUUAUUAGUGUUUAUGGUUUGCAUACGGCCAUUUGCGCUUAUCCAAAAUAAUUUACUCCAGGUAUUCAAUGAAUUAUUCAUACUUGGAAUUAUUUUGUUCCAACACCAAAUGGAUAGUGAAUCUUCUUGGUCUAAGACAGCAAGGGAGGAUUUCAUGAACAUCCUGAUCCUCAACUGAGGCAUAAUAGUCUCAUUACUGUUCUGCGCCAUGACCAUUAAUACGAUUAAAGGAUUCGUCAAAUGCUUCAACAUGAAGAAUAGAAAGAGACCUCCGAUCAAAGUACAAGGAAGGAGCUUCAAAGUUCUCCCAGUGACCACCGGUAGGGACAUCAGCAUGCUUCCUGAAUCCAGACCAACUGAGGCUGCUCCAAAGGUGUUGAACUUCAGCAUGGAGACUCAUGCAGCAGUGAACAGAAGGAGCUAGG